AUGGGAUUCAACAAAGACUAUCUUCCUUCGUCUCCUCGCACGGGUCACUGUAUCCAUGAGAUACUACAUUACUUCACCAAAAACAACAACACCCACGUCAGUCUCUGCAACAUAUUCAUAUGUCUAAUGUGCUGCAGCCUACGUACCCCCCGUACAGUCGGCGAUCUCUUCUGUUUUUUCCUAAAGCUUGGUGAGAAAAUGAAUAAUGGUAGUGGUUCCCCUAACGUCGCUGAGGCCAUCAAAAAGGAAGCCGAGAAAAUAACCUGGAGCACUGGUUCCUGCUCCAUGACCAAGGCUGCCCAUGACCUAGCUGGUAAAAAACACAACGGCACCACCAAUCACACCUCCGAUGCCACCCUCUACACCCUACAUGACAGUGAAUGUAACACGGACGUAACCUGUGGCAAGUACCUCGACCCACUUGCCUCGAACAUCUAUUCCAAUUUCAUUGCGGAUUAUGCAGACAUAUACCUAUCACGUAUUGUUUACCUCACGGAUGUUUUCAAAAAAGGUCUUCAAACGCUAUUGGAUGACUUCCGCAAACUUCAGUGUAGCGACUGUGGUUGUAAAAACAAGGGUAAAGAUUGCCACUAUCCCGAGAAACCGAAAAUGGAACAGCGCGAACUUUUGAAGCUAAAGUUUCCACCUGCGCAAAACAAACCCUGCUCAUGCCCCUCCAUCGUUCAAUGUCAUGGUACUUUGUCCUUACUGUACCAAUACGGUUUUGUUUUCUACAGCGCGAGAUCAUUGAAUGGUUACGACAAAACUGGCAAACCCAAUCCCCACUGGCUCCGCCAAUGUAAACACUUCUGCAUUGAACUUCAAAAGUUACUUUUUCAAAGUGAGUUAUUUAGAGAACUUCUCGAUGCCAUCAACCUCUUCCUCUUUUGCAUCCGCCAACCCUUCCUCCUGUACCUCCUAACGUUCUGGCUUGUAGCCAUUCUGUACUUCAGCUACGGUCUUACAAUACCUCUGGACCUCCUCCAUAUCCGUUCACAUUGGAGACGUGCUUUGUCACAUCAAAUAUCCGUGUUGGCGUUAUUAUCGAAGAAGGCAAUGUCACCAACAAAGGUUGGAUAUUUCACACCAUAA